AUGGCGAGCUCUUCACAGGCAGAUUCUCCUUCACUAGCCCGCCUAGGGUCGCAGUUGAACUGGGGGUUGUACGAACAGUUCCUCGUGAUUGAAUUAAAUCCCACAGAAGGUGCCAUUUCCGCUCUCACGCUGGACGCAAAGCUUCGCGCCUCCACGUCUGGGUCGCCCUCUUCCUCUCCUGGCGCAGCGCGCGCGCUGGCGGAUCGCCUGUGUGCAUUUCCUCCUGAGAAACUGUCUGCGGCGGAGACCGACGCUGUAGAGCAGAGUCUCCCUUCGCUGCGCGACUGUUCGCCCUACCAAAAACUGCGGGCAGCCCGCGAGUUCCUGCUCACCGAGGCGCAGUACAAGGACAGCGCCCUAGCCGAAGGAGACAAAGAAAAAUGGAAACCUAUCAUCGACUUCUUCGGCAGCCUGUACGCGCUGAGCAGCAACUUCCUCCUGGCGCCAGCGCGGAAGCGCCGCGGCGCGCGUCGCGCUGUGCAAGUUCCUCAGGCUCCUUUUGCGCACGGGUCGGCGGAGGCGAAGCGGGAGAACGGCCGAGACUCGCCGGCGCCUUCGUCGCAGCAGUCGCCUGUGCCGUCGCCAGCCCCGUCGCCCUUCUCCGCGCUGUCAGCCGGGCCUCCGGCGGGAUCGCCCGCUUCCGCUUCGCCGCGGCGCGCGGAGGAGAGCGACACCCGCACCAAGAGCGAAAACGCACUCGCGCGCGUGGAAAAGGUGAAGCGUAAAACAGACGUAGAUUUGAAGAGGGUCAGGGAGUUCUACGCCGCGCUCCAAACCGCCGGCAGGGCCGCAGCGAGCAAGGGCUACGAGCCUCUGGGAGAGAUUCUAGAAAAAAUUCGCGUCUUCUGCGACGACUUACAGAACCGCGUAGACAAGCUGAUUUACCCCUGCCAACUGCGCUUUGCGCUUGUCCUGCUUGAGUGCCCUUUUUUCGAAGAAGACGGCAACCUUGCCGCCCUCGUUGAACUCGCGCGGACUAUCAGCAUGCUCAGUGACGCGGCGAAAGACACUCUGGUCAACUGGUACGAGAAGAUUCCGGCGGCUUAUGUCCGUGCUCACGUCGUGAACGUGCAGCAACUCAUCACGCUUCGUCUUCUCUCUUUCCCCGACAUCAACACGCUGCGGGACGCGUUCGCGGCGCCACUGCGCCACGCGCUGCACACGCUGCAUAUCUUUUACGUCGCGACAAACCGCCGGCAGGAGCGCCAGCGGCGCGCGCUCUGUGCAGCGGCCGUGUCUCCGGCUGAGGUGGAGCCCACGGCCCUCGCGGUCGCGGAGGUUCGUGGCGCGCUUGACGGCGGCGGCGACGAGGAGCGGCUGACAUCGACAGGCUCAGCCGGAGGCGGCAAGAAGCGAGCGCCGAGAGUGGAGUAUCCCACGGAGAAGCGCACGCGGAAGGAUGGAAGCGGCGAGGCGGAAGAAGGCGACGCAGAGAGGGAAGAGAGCGACGCGGAAGACGGCGACGGAGAGAGCGACGCGGAAGACGGCGACGAGGCGCCGCUCGGCUACGAGGAGUUUCAGAACGACGCAGUCAAUACGCAGCAGCAGCUUCUGAGGUACGAGUUCGCGCAGUGGCUGGAUUGGCGAGGGCGGGCUGCCAGCGCCUCUGCCUCGCCCACCUCUCUCUCCCCUGAGGAGGCGCGCCACGACCGCGACGCGCAGUCUGGCGAGGAGCUGCAGGACGACAGACGCAGGCCGCGGGAGAGCGAGGACGAGCCCUCCGAGGAGAAAGAGGCCUCGAAGCCGGAAGACGCGCGCGCGGAGGCGGUCGUGGCGACGCCAGCCUCUGCAGACUCCGCCGCCGCGGGUGCGGCGUCUUCUGCGUCGUCUUCGCAGCGCAGCGGGAAGACAACGAGUUCAACUGCGCUGUCUCUGCACUUGUACCUGCCCUCGCGGGAGACCUACGCGCAGGAGACCGACUUUGCGCUUCUACAGCAUCCGUUCGUCGUGGACGCCGCGAACAAGUCUGCCGCACUCAAGCGACAAGCGGCGGUGCAGCAGCUCAACCAGGCGCGACGCGUGGAGAUGGACGCGAUCUUUAGCCUCUUCACGGGGCAGGGCGCCGUCGACAGUAACCCCUUCCUCGACAUCGUCGUGCGCAGAGAGCAUAUCGUGCAGGACACUCUCCUCGAGAUUGACCGACGAAGCCGCAUUCCGAAUGCGCUCAAGAAGGCGCUCCGCGUCCGCUUCGCUGGCGAGGACGGAGUCGACGAGGGCGGAGUGAAAAAGGAGUUUUUUCAGCUGCUCGUCCAGGAGCUUUUUAGCCCAGGCUACGACAUGUUUCUCCACUGCGAAGACAGCCACCUGUGUUGGUUCAACCCUGUCUCGACAGAGGAGAUGUCGAACUUUCGACUGAUUGGCGUGAUCUUUGGCCUGGCAAUCUACAACGGCGUGCUUCUCGGCAUCAGUUUCCCGUCCGUCAUCUUCCGCAAGCUGCUCGGGUGGACGGCGUCUUCGCUGGAGGACUUGGAAGAGCUGCAUCCUUCCAUCGCGAGAAGUCUGCGCGUGCUGCUAGGCGCCUCCGCAGAGACUGUGGAGGCGAUGGCGCUGACCUUCUCCGUCGAACUGGAUUGCUACGGCGACCGCGUCGAACUCCCACUCGGCGAGCACGCAGUCACCGACGAAGUCACGAUCGAAAACAGAGAAGAGUAUGUGCGCCUGUACGUUGACCACGUGUUGAACAAGUCGAUCGAGGCGCAGUAUCGCGCCUUCCAUCAGGGCUUCCACAGCUGCGUACAUGAGGCGACGAUUUCGCUGUUUCGGCCUGAGGAGCUCCAGCGCGUGAUCCUCGGCAGCGAGGAGGAACUGGACUUUGAAAAACUGAGAACGGCCACGUCCUACCAAGACGGGUACACAGCGGAGUCGCAGACUGUUCAGGACUUCUGGGCUGUCGCGGACGCGCUCGACAGCGCCCAGAAGAAGAAGCUCCUCAUGUUUGUCACAGGCUCGGACCGCGUGCCGAUUAAGGGACUGUCGAGUCUCAGGUUCGUCAUUGGACGGAAUGGAUCUGACACCGAUCGACUUCCGACGGCGCAUACGUGCUUCAAUUACCUUCUGCUUCCCGACUACCAAAACCGCGAGAAGCUGCAAAAGCUGCUGCAGAUUGCCAUCGAAAACUGUCAGGGAUUCGGCCUCAGGUAG